UUAUUGCAAGGAAAAUGGCGGAGUGACUGGAGCAGCGAUACUGCCUCAAAUUUUGCCAGGAACUGGGCGACAGUCAAGUGGAAACCAUUCGGAAGAUUCAGACGGCUUUCGGUGACGAUGCUAUGAGCAGCACACAGAUUAAGGAGUGGUACAACCGGUUUAAAGACGGCCGCACAUCGGUGGAGAGCGAGCCACGCGCCGGUCGGCCAUCAACAUGCCGAAAUGACCAGGUCAUUCCCGAAGUGAACGCUGUGGUGAUGCGGGACCGUCGUGUGACUAUCCGAGAAAUUGCGGAAGAGGUGGGCAUCAGCACUUUUUCUGCAGAUUCCUUUAUGACAGAAGAUUUGGCCAUGAAGAGAGUUGCGGCGAAAUUCAUGCCGAAGCUGCUUACGGUGGAGCAAAAGCAACUUCGUGUUGAAGUCUCACAGGACAUGCAGGAUUCCACAAACAGUGACCCCGACUUCAUGAACACCACAAUCACUGGUGAUGAGUCUUGGGUGAACGGGUACGACCCGGAAACCAAAUCCCAGUCGUCACAGUGGAAGCAUUCUACGUCACCAAGACCAAAGAAGGCCCGCCAAGUGCGCAGCAACAUCAAAGUGAUGCCGACUGCUUUCUUUGACUCCCGCGGUGUGGUACACCACGAGUAUGCACCACAGGGUCAAACAAUCACCAAGGAGUAGUACAGGGAUGUCCUUCGUCGCCUACGUGAUGCUGUGCGGCGCAAGAGACCGGAGUUGUGGUCAACAGGA